CGGGAACCUGCCGAACUGUGGCGGCUGCAAAUGUCAACAAUUAACAACUGUGGUUUCCCGUUGUUUUAAGGAAUAAACAUGCAAGCAUUUUUGAAAGGAGCAUCUACCCAGAGCGUCAAACCGCAAAAAGACAAAUCAGCUGGAACUAGCGGAGAAAAGAAGCCGCGGGCAUUGCCAUGGGUAGAGAAAUAUAGGCCAAAGUGUGUGGACGAGGUUGCCUUUCAGGAGGAGGUGGUUGCAGUACUAAAGAAAUCCCUAGAGGGCGCUGAUCUGCCUAACCUGCUGUUCUAUGGCCCACCGGGGACAGGAAAGACGUCCACCAUCCUUGCUGCAGCCAGGCAACUUUACGGACCAGAGCUGUAUCGUCAGAGGGUUCUGGAGCUGAACGCCUCUGAUGAGAGAGGAAUCCAGGUGGUUCGUGAGAAAGUGAAAAACUUCGCCCAGCUUACUGUGGCAGGAACGCGGCCCGAUGGAAAACCCUGUCCGCCGUUUAAGAUCGUGAUCCUAGAUGAAGCUGACUCCAUGACCGGAGCCGCCCAGGCCGCUCUCAGACGCACCAUGGAGAAAGAGUCUCGCACCACUCGCUUUUGCCUCAUCUGCAACUACGUCAGCAGGAUCAUCGAGCCCUUGACGUCUCGAUGCUCCAAAUUCCGAUUCAAACCCCUGGCCAAUCAGAUUCAAGAAGAGCGUCUGCUAGAGAUCUGUCAGAAGGAGAACCUUAAGUACAGUAAGGAGGCGAUUGAUGCUCUGGUCAGAGUGUCAGAGGGUGAUCUGAGGAAAGCCAUUACGUACCUACAGAGUGCAGCGAGGCUGAACAGUGACAAAGAAAUCACAGAGAACAGCGUCAUAGAGAUCGCAGGGGUGGUCCCCCCUAAAUUGAUAGAAAAUCUGCUCCAGAUUUGUUACAAAAGUACCUUUGAAAAGCUACAGAUUGCUGUAAAGAACAUGAUAGAUGAGGGCUACGCAGCCACACAGAUUCUUAACCAGUUACACGACGUCAUCAUCCAGGAGACCCUAAGCGACAAGCAGAAGUCUGUCAUCGCUGAGAAAAUGGCUGAACUUGACAAGUGCUUAGCAGACGGAGCAGAUGAGUACUUGCAGAUGAUGGGUCUCUGUUCUGUCAUCAUGCAGCAGGCGGCACAGACUGACUGAACUGACCAGACCAGUCAGCUUCUCUAUGGGAC